CAAGCACGGGGGAUAAUCUAGACAGGUCAUCCAAGAACCGAUCAGUGUGCUCAAGUCGGAGGUAAUCCGACACUCCCCAAACCAGACGUCAAUGGUGGAGAAACCCACGCCAUGCCCGGAGCCAAUUAACCCAUCAAUCAGCGAGUCCCCUCCCCACAGAACCCUAGAGGAAUCGUGGAGAAACAGUGAGCGUCUCCCGCGCAUUAACCCCGAUUUAGCCUGCUUGAUGAGGGGGGUCUUUACCAUAUAAUUGCUACUGUCCCACUCGGCUGCUACUACGUUUCUUUCUUUUGCAGAUUUUAGACGAGAUUUAUGCGGAUUGACAGUUCACUGUUGGUAUUACUGAGGAUUUCAUAUAGAGUGUUCAUGAGGUAGUGUGCAGUUGUGUGGUAUACUGCUUGCGUCGUCAACACCCCGCAUCUAGAGUCCAGUCUCCUAUCCAGACAACAUGGUAAAGAUCACGGGCUUCAGCACUCGGGAUGUCCGGUUCCCGACAUCCCUCGACAAGACGGGCUCCGAUGCCAUGAACGCAGCGGGCGACUACUCCGCCGGUUACUGCAUCUUCCACACGGACUCGGACCACGAAGGACACGGCAUGACAUUCACCAUCGGCCGAGGCAACGAGAUCGUCUGCGCAGCAAUCACCCUCCUUGCCCCCCUCGUCGUAGGCAAAGACCUAGACGAUCUCACCUCCAACUGGGGUCAAACAUGGCGGUACCUCGUCUCAGACAGCCAACUGCGCUGGAUCGGCCCUGAAAAAGGCGUCACUCACCUCGCCCUGGGCGCCGUCGUCAACGCCCUCUGGGACCUGUGGGCCAAGACCCUCGGCAAGCCCGUCUGGCGCAUCGUCGCGGACAUGACCCCCGAGGAGUUCGUGCGCUGCAUUGACUUCCGAUACAUCACUGACGCCUUGACGCCCGAGGAGGCUAUCGCUCUUCUCAAAGAGGUCGAGCCUGGUAAGCAGGAGCGUAUCCGUGACGCGGAGCGCAGCCAGGCUGUGCCGGCUUACACAACCAGUGCGGGAUGGUUGGGGUAUAGCGAGGAUAAGAUGAAGGCGUUGCUGGGUGAGACGCUUGCGCAGGGGUACCGUCACUUUAAGAUCAAAGUCGGGGGCAACCUCGAGGAUGAUAAGCGGCGGUUGCGGAUCGCGCGCGAGGCGAUCGGUUACGACCGGGGGAAUAUCCUUAUGGUGGACGCCAAUCAGAUCUGGUCCGUCCCCGAAGCCAUAACCUGGAUGCAAGAGCUCUCAGAAUUCCAGCCCUGGUUCAUCGAAGAACCCACCUCCCCAGACGACAUCCUCGGCCACGCAGCGAUCAAAAAGGCCCUCGCGCACACCCCGCACGGACCCAUCGGCGUCGCCACGGGCGAGAUGUGCCAGAACCGGGUGAUCUUCAAGCAGCUUCUGCAGGCUGGCGCUUUGACCGUGCUGCAAGCAGACGCGUGUCGGGUCGGCGGCGUCAACGAGGUCCUCGCUAUCCUGCUGCUCGCGCGCAAGUUCGGGGUGCCGAUUGUGCCGCACUCGGGCGGCGUGGGGCUGCCGGAGUAUACGCAGCAUUUGAGCACGAUUGACUAUGUUGUUGUGAGUGGGGUGAAGAGCGUGUUGGAGUAUGUGGAUCAUUUGCAUGAGCAUUUUGUGAAUCCGAGUAGUGUGCGCGAGGGGUACUAUGUUACGCCGAUGGAGCCUGGGUAUAGUGUGCAGAUGAAGGGGGAGAGUAUGGAUCGGUUUGCGUUUCCUGGGGAGGAGGGGAAGAGUUGGUGGAGAGGGGAGGAGGCGAAGGUUAUUUUGGAGGGGCCGCGGAUUUGA